GUUUCUUCGACUUCAUCUCUUCACAACGCAACAUCUACUCAAAAGCCUGCGGAUUUAGAAUAGAGUGAUUAAAGUAUUAUUUGAAAUGGCAGGAGCUUCUCGUUGGGCUAAUAUAGAUGACCUGGAAUCUCAACGCAAGAAAGAGAAGGAAGAGAAAAAGCGCCUGAAACAACUGAAACAACAACAAGCCGAAACCGAAGCCGAAGCCUUACGUGCAAAGAAAGAGCAGGAGGAAUUAGACUCCCGUCCUGCAAAGAAAAGGAAGCUCUCACCAAGUCCCGAGAAUAGAUCCGCAUCAGCAUCUUCUGGGGAGAAGAGGAAGCUAUUACGCUUUGAAGCUGGAGGAUGGGGUCCCUGUCGAAACGUUAGCAAUUUCGAGACAUUAAAUCAUAUUGAAGAAGGCACCUAUGGGUGGGUUUCGAGGGCGAAAGAGACGGCAACUGGAGAGGUAGUCGCUCUGAAGAAGAUGAAGAUGGAAUACGCCCAGGAUGGAUUUCCGGUGACCGCGCUGAGGGAGAUCCAGUUGCUGCAGCAUUCGAAACAUCAGCAUGUUAUUAAUCUCAGGGAGGUUGUUAUGGGAGAUCAAUUAGACGAAGUCUACCUAGUAAUGGACUUCAUCGAACACGACCUAAAAUCUCUCCAAGAAAUCAUGCCCGAGCCGUUCCUCGCCUCCGAAGUAAAGACCCUCCUCCUCCAACUCACCUCCGCCCUUGACUUCCUUCACACCCACUGGAUCCUUCACCGCGAUCUCAAAACCUCUAAUAUUCUCCUCAACAACCGGGGGAUCCUCAAAAUCGCCGACUUCGGCAUGGCCCGUCGGACCUCGGAUCCCCCUCCCCCAAACCUCACACAGCUUGUUGUAACGCUGUGGUACCGCGCCCCGGAACUCCUCCUCGGAACCACGACAUAUGAUUUUGCAAUCGACAUGUGGAGUCUAGGGUGUAUAUUUGGGGAACUUCUUUCCAAAGAACCCCUCCUACAAGGGAAAAACGAAGUCGACGAACUUAGCAAAAUCUUCUCAUUAUGCGGGAUCCCAACAGACAUGUCCUGGCCCGGAUUCCGACGGCUACCAAACGCCCGAAGCCUCAAGCUGCCGCGUGACGUCGAGCAAAACGCGGGAUCCAUAAUCCGCACAAAGUUCCCGUUUCUGACUACCGCGGGCUGCGGCUUACUUUCCUCGCUGCUCGCCCUGAACCCGGAGAGUCGGCCUACUGCGCAAGACGUCCUUGCACAUCCAUAUUUUAAGGAGGCGCCGAAACCAAAGUCAGCGGCUCUGUUUCCAACGUUUCCGAGUAAAGCGGGAGGGGAGAAGCGGAGGCGCGCUAGUCCGCAUGCGCCGGUAAGAGGGGGAGCGGCUCCAGGUUUGGGUGGUAAGGAGAUUGAUUUUAGUGGGAUUUUUGCAAGGAGGGAUGAGGAGCAGCACGGUGCGGGAUUUACGUUGCGCAUGGGUUGAUAGACACAGUUGCCCGGGGACUGGAGAAGGGCUGAUGUUCCUUUGUCU